CUGAGCCAAUCAGAGCGAGCGGGUUACGUCCGUGCUGUUGUGCAACGGGGUGUGAUGGCUAGUAUUUAAAGCAGCUGUCCACCUUGAGCAGCACAGAGAUUCUAUCCAACAUAUCUAGUGUACUACAGUCCCGAGACCAGCGCCAGACUCUCCAAAAUGAGCGACAACCCUGUUAAAGAAGAAGUGCAGAAGUUUGACAAGAGAUGUCUAAAGAAGACAAACACGGAGGAGAAAAACACUCUGCCCUCUAAAGAAGAUAUCGAGCAGGAAAAGAAGGAGUGUCCAAAGUGUACAUAAGCGGUGACGGCCCUCCUCACAUCCUCACGGUCCUGUCUCUGGACCUCUGCUCCGCUCCUGCAUAUAUCUGAUCAUUUAUAAUUUUUUUUAAAACAAUGUGACCUGCAGAAUUAAGUAUGUAAUUGGAAGUGUGGAUAUUUUUUCAAUCUUUUCAUCAUGUGUGAUUUAGAGGAGAUGGAUGAUGAUGUGGCAGUUAAAGAGCCUGUUUCUGUAUCUGUCAUGACCAGCUAAUGGCUGCCCGUAUCCAUCUGGUGCCAUUCUGUGCUGGUCAUUCUUUAAAUAACAUGUAAGAUGAUAUUUUUGUUUAAUAAAUGAUAAUAAAAAGUUC